CUGGCACAAUCUAAACACGUGGUGUUGCUACUCCGCCACGGUAGACCAGGAAGUAACCAUUGCUACAAGUCAGAUGACAACAAACUAUAAAAUCUGAAAUCUACGUUUACGUUUUUUGUAGCAUCAUAUCGGUUAGAACAGUUUGUAUCGUAAUAAUUGUUCUAUUGUCCUGCAUCAAUGGCGGAGGAGGUGCUUUGCUUGAAAGCAAAACUCAAAGAAAAAGAAAAUGAGAUAGCUGAACUGAAAAAUAAACUAGCACAAUUGGAAAAGAGCAACGUGGCAGGGUUGGAACUACACGAGAAAGUGACUGACCUGUCACCUCCGCAACCCAAGACAGCCCUUUCCAAUGACGACAUCAUGAGAUACAGCAGACAGCUGCUGCUGCCAGAGUUUGGAGUUAAAGGUCAGCUGAAUCUGGCCAAGAGCUCGGUUCUUGUGGUGGGGUGUGGAGGACUAGGUUGCCCCCUGGCUCAGUACCUAGCCGCAGCUGGAAUAGGUCGUCUGGGUCUGCUGGACUACGACGAGGUGGAGCUUAGUAACCUCCACAGGCAGGUUCUCCAUGGGGAGGAUAGCUGUGGACAGGCCAAGGCCCUGUCUGCAGCACAGGCUAUCAGGAGGUUGAACUCUACAGUAGAAUGCAUUCCCUACCACCUUCAGCUGUCCUCAGAGAAUGCCCUGCAACUAAUUCAACAGUAUGACAUUGUGGCUGACUGCUCAGACAACGUUCCAACACGUUACCUGGUGAAUGAUGCCUGUGUCCUUAGUGGGAAGCCCCUGGUGUCAGCCAGCGCACUGAGAAUGGAGGGACAGCUGACUGUGUAUAACUACCGUGGAGGCCCCUGCUACAGGUGUCUGUACCCAAUCCCCCCUCCUCCAGAGACUGUGACCAACUGCUCUGAUGGAGGGGUCCUUGGAGUGGUACCAGGAAUUAUGGGAUGCUUCCAGGCCUUAGAGGUUCUAAAGAUCGCCUCUGGACAGGGCUCUUCCUGUGGGCAGCAGCUGCUGAUGCUGGAUGCCCAGGAGGCCAGAUUUCGCUACAUCAGGCUGAGGCCAAGGCAGGCAGGCUGCCCUGUGUGUGGAGAGACCCCCACCGUGACACACCUGGCGGAUUACGAGGCCUUUUGUGGGUCUGUAGCCACUGACAAGUGCCGCAGACUGAACCUCCUCUCCAGUGACCAGAGAAUCACAGUGCAGGAAUAUAAAUCCAUAUUGGACUGUCCAUGCUCCCAUCUCCUGUUAGAUGUCCGCCCUCUUGUGGAGGUGGAUAUGUGCCAUCUACCCUUUUCUCUCAACAUCCCUCUCUCAAGUUUAGAAGACAGAAAAAGUGAACACAUUCAGCUGUUAAAGGAGAAAAUUAGCCAAGUAAAGCAGCAGACGUCGAGUGGAUCCCAGGUCCCAGUCUAUGUCAUCUGUAAGAUGGGUAAUGACUCCCAGAAGGCUGUGCAGGUCCUGGAGAAGAUGUCUGGCACUGAGGUGGACAGUAUCACUGUUAAGGACAUCUCUGGAGGCCUGAUGGCUUGGGCCCAGAAGAUGGACCCCACCUUUCCUCAGUAUUAACUCAGCUGAAGCUCCUCUGCUCUUCCAUUGGGAGGAUUUGUUCUAAUAAAAGUAUUCUUCUUUCUACUA